AAACUCAGAAUCACAACAACAACAAAACUUUACAGACUUCUUAACUGUGAAUCUUAACUUUUACGCAUCAAACCCGGAGUUUGGUCCUCGCGCUGCGCUCUGUCCUCCGUGGGUGUGUGUGUGAGAGAGAGAGAGCGCGCGCUCCUCUGCGCUCCUCUGGCUCAGGUUUUGGACGACAGAAGGACCGGACUUGCUUUAUCGCCCCACCGUCCUUAUCUGGAGAGGAGUCACAGAGAAACUCCUUCAGUGGAAGAGACUUGUGGGAGAAUCUUUACGCGUGGACAGCAUCACCUCCACGGGACUAAAGAGCUCUCCACAAAUCACUGUUAUUGUUAUUAUUAUUAUCAUUAUUAUUAUUAUUAUUUUGGUUCCAUAUUCCUGAGGAGACGUGAAGGACGUGAACAUGUAUCAGAGCCUGAGUUUGUCCUCUAACCAGUCACCUUACGCACAUGACGCCGGGAACUACAUCCACCCGUCGGCGAGCUCCCCGGUCUACGUCCCCACCACCCGAGUCCCGGCGAUGCUGCCCACGCUGUCCUACCUGCAGACCUGCGACUCUCCACACCAGACCCACCACGGCCUCGGCGGGCACCAUGGUUGGCCCCAGACCGGCACGGACGGCUCGUCCUUCACGCCCGGCAGCCCUCACCCUCACCACGGCCUAUCCUACUCGCACAGUCCGCCCGUCUGCAGCAACACGGGCCGGGACGCGACCGCGUACCAGAGUCCGCUGGUGCUCGGGAACGGCGCGCGGGCGGAUCAGUACGGGGGCGCGCUGGUGCGCUCCGUCGGAGGCUCUUACUCCAGUCCGUACUCGUACGUGAGCCCGGAGAUGGCGACGUCCUCGUGGACGCCGGGUCCGUUCGAGAGCGGGGUGAUCAGUCUGCAGGGCAGACAGAGCGGCCUGCACGCGAGGAGGUCCAGUCUGGACCUGAUGGAGGACAUGCAGUGCGAGGGCAGAGAGUGCGUCAACUGCGGCUCCGUGUCCACGCCGCUGUGGCGCAGAGACGGCACCGGACAUUACCUGUGCAACGCCUGCGGCCUUUACCACAAGAUGAACGGCAUCAACAGGCCGCUCAUCAAACCACAGAAGCGCCUGCAGACCACACCUCGCCGAGCUGGCCUCUGCUGCACUAACUGCCACACCAGCACCACCACACUGUGGAGGCGCAACGCCGAGGGGGAGCCUGUGUGUAACGCCUGCGGACUCUACAUGAAGCUGCACGGGGUGCCCAGACCUCUGGCUAUGAAGAAAGAGAGCAUUCAGACCAGGAAGCGCAAACCCAAGAUGCCCAAGAAUAAAACAUCUACAGGAGGAUCCACCGCUUCUGACACAAACCGCCCGACCUCUCUGUCGCUGUCCGAACACGCUUCCACCAUCAAGAGUGAACCAAGCUUGGCUCCUUCACCCUACGCAGGACAGACAGUCACGUCCGCCACUCAGACUGCGUCUCAGCUGGACAGCACAGGAUCAGGACAUGUCAACAUUAAAUAUGAGGAUUAUCACUUUACCCCGACCUCCAUGGCCCCACAGAUCUCUUGGUGCGCUCUGUCUCAAGCCUGAGCAGCUUGGACGUGACCGUCCCUCGGCAGCACACGGUUCACCGCACACGGAGGAGGCCCGAGGCUCCGCCCUGAAGUUGUCUCUUGUGAUUCUGGUGAAAUCAGUGUUGCGUAAACAUCAAACGGGGCUGAAACAAAAAUAUCUGACGGCUUCAUGUGAUCACAUUAACUCGACGUGAAGACGUCUAAUCUGCUGACUGUUGUCUCCUAAACUGCACCGCGU